AAAUUUCCAACUGAAGGACUGGCAAAUGUUGUUCGAAAUGUAUUUGACUUUGACUCCUACAACAACGAAAUGCGUGAAAUUUUAAUCAGCACUUUGCACAAAUAUGGGAUACCUAUUGGAGCAAAACCAACCAAUGUACAGCUGGCCAAGGAACUGCCAUUACCAGAUCAUAAAUUCAUGGGCUACUGGAAAGUCAAUCAGCCGGGGAAUACACAACAGAAAUUGCUGUGUCCAACAGAAACUCAGAAAAUAGAAGUAAAGGGCCCUGUGUACUUAAAUAUUCAAGGAUUUCCACUGGAACGACAUGAAGCCAGGUCCCUCAAUUUCACAGAAGAGCUUGCCUUUUGGACGCUGCCUUUGGGUGAAGUUAACUUAGUUUGCGAUGUCACAGUAACAAAAGAAGAGGAAACCGAAAAUGUUCUUUACGUUACUACAUGCAAUCCUGUUUCCUUGUACUUCAUGAACGUUUCUAGUAAGAGUGGAUACUUUGUGGAUCUUUAUGACCUCUUCCCAAGAACAGUUGGAAGUGUCUGGCAACCUUUUGUGACUGUGGCACCGCUGGGAAAGCCACUCAAAGGUCAAGUGGUUCUACAUGAAGAAGAGAGCAAUGUUGUGUUGUUGCUGGAUACAAACAAUGGUGCCCUUCACCGACUUCUACUCUUACCUGAUGCUCAAGAGUCUCCUAAGAGAACGUCUUGGUGGAGCAGCAAAGAAGAGAUGAGCAACUACAAAAUGUGCCGAGAGUUUUCACACAAAAACUGGCUGGUGUUCUACAAAGAAGCAGGAAACCACCUUAUUGUACUGGAUGUAUUAGAGGGUCAAACUCAUACCAUCUCACUUCCGAUCAACCUGAAGUCUGUUUUCCUGGCAGCUGAAGACCGAUGGCUCUUGGUGGAAAAUGGAACAAAUCAGAAACUUCUUUUAACCAAGCGUAACCAUAUGGAAGCUGAAGACAGUGAGGUUUGCCAGCUGUAUGCAUUGAGUGAAGAGCCAGCUGACAUGGGAUUUGGCUUAACAACGGCAUCAGAACUGUGUGUGCCACAUGCAGUUUCAAGUGACCAGCUAUCUUCAGAAAACCUCAGUGCAGCUGUGGGACAAAAGAUCAGCUCCCCCAACAGGAUUUUCUCAGAUGAACAUAGUUAUGCUACUAUUGUUAUUGGUUUCCCAGACCUCUUGUCUCCUAGUGAAGUCUAUAGCUGGAAAAGAAACUCCUCUCUGAGUCGCAAACAUGCUUCUCCUUCUGAUCCAUUUUAUUAUGGAGCCCGGAGGAAAACAGGAACUGCAAAACAAACCAAUUGUGUAACUUUAUUGGCUUCUAAUCAAAUAGUCAGAAUUUUAGCACCUGGAGAUGUGCCUUUGAAAGACAUUUACCCAAAAGAUGUCACUCCUCCACAAGCUGCUGGAUACUUGGAAGUAACAGAUCUUAACUCAAAGAAAAUCAAAUACAUUGCCAUUCCUAGAUCACAAUCUCUCUCUCCAUAUACAUCUUGGCUCUCUAAGAUCUCGGACGCCGAUGCCCUGUUGGCACCACUGGGCAAAGUAGGUUUGGUUAGUGUGGACAUGGGAGGCGGUGUGAGGCUUUGGGAGACUGGGCUGGAAAGCCUCCAGCGAUCGCUGCACGACUGGAGGAACAUGAUUGGCCAAGAAGAUGGUCGUCCUGUGCAGAUAACCAUUCAGAGGGACAGUGGUUUGGAUGUCAGUUCCCCCAAACAUGGAAAAGUGGAUCCAGACAACAUGCCGCACGUUGGUGGAAAUACUUGGGCUGGUGGAACAGGUGGGAGAGACACUGCUGGGUUAGGUGGCAAAGGUGGUCCCUAUCGACUGGAUGCUGGCCACAGGGUUUACCAAAUAUCUCAAGCUGAAAAGGAUGCUGUUCCUGAGGAGGUUAAGAGAGCUGCUCGAGAGAUGGGUGAAAAGGCCUUUAAACAGAGAUUGAAAGAGAUUCAGAUGAGUGAAUAUGAUGCAGCAACUUACGAAAGGUUCUCUGGAGCAGUCCGACGUCAAGUUCAAUCACUCCGCAUCAUCUUAGACAAUCUGCAGGCCAAGGGUAAGGAAAGACAAUGGCUGAGACACCAAGCUGUUGGAGAGCUAGAUGAUGCCAAAAUAAUUGAUGGACUGACAGGAGAAAAAGCCAUAUAUAAGCGACGAGGGGAACUUGAGCCACAACCUGGGAGCCCCCAGCAGAAACCUAAACGCUUGCGCCUGGUGGUGGAUGUUUCUGGUAGCAUGUACCGCUUUAAUGGGGUGGAUGGACGACUGGAACGCUCCAUGGAGGCUGUCUGCAUGGUCAUGGAAGCUUUUGAGAAUUAUGAGCACAAAUUCAAGUACGAUAUUGUUGGACAUUCAGGAGAUGGCUUCGACAUCGCCUUGGUUGGGAGUGACAAAGUUCCCAAGAACAAUAAGCAAAGAUUAGAGAUUCUUAAGAUCAUGCAUGCCCAUGCUCAGUUCUGCAUGAGUGGAGACCAUACCUUGGAAGGGACGGAGCACGCCAUUCGUGAAAUCGCCAAGGAAGAGGCUGACGAGUAUUUUGUUAUUGUCUUGAGUGAUGCAAAUCUUGAGCGAUAUGGUAUUCAGCCAUCAAGGUUUGCCCAGGUCUUGACCACCAAUGCUCAAGUCAAUGCUUUUGCCAUAUUUAUAGGAUCCUUAGGAGACCAGGCAGAUAGGCUGCAGAGGACACUACCAGCAGGUCGCUCUUUUAUUGCCAUGGAUACCAAAGAGAUCCCCCAGAUUUUGCAGCAGAUCUUCACAUCUACCAUGUUGUCAAGUGCCUAA